GCUAAAAGCCUAAAACCCUAAACCCAAUAUAUCGCUGAAAGAACAGAGUAACACUAUCAGAGCACCCUGCCAUGGCGAACACUAGCGAUGCUGGCGUCGAGGCCCUACGGCGGCUGAAAGCGACCGAACCACCGUUGUUCCUCGCUCCCAACCCGGCGCUGUCGGAAGCUGCUCGUACUGCGUCGCAAUACUUGUUCUCUUCCCUGAAUCCAUUUUCCCCAAAAUCGCCACUGGACCAACUCCUCGUGGACGGUUUCGACGCCGAACAGAUAUGGCAACAAAUCGACCUCCAAACGCAGCCUCUAUUAUCCACCCUUCGCCGCCGCGUGAAGCAGCUGGUCGAAAAUCCCGAAGAGAUUUCCCAGCUGAAGGUUCCUUCGGAGGGUGGGAAUAAGAAGGAGGAAAAUAUUCUAGACGAGUGGGAAGAAGAGAGUGACGGUUUUGACGAGGAAUUGGAUGAGGAAGAGGAAGAAGAUGAGGAGGAUGAAGAAAAGGAGGGAGAAGGAGAAGAAGAUGAAGAAGAAGAAGAAGAAGAAGAGAUGGAGGAUGAAGAGGAAGAAGAAGAGAAUGAGGAAGGUGGUGGCAUUGAAGAUAAAUUCUUGAAAAUAGAUGAAUUGACAAAGUACUUAGAGAAGGAGGAAGAGGAUUUCGAGAAUGGCGAGGCAGACAGAGAAGGUGAGGAGGAAGACGAUGACGAAGGGGAAAGUGAUGAGGAAGGUGAUUUUGGGAUUGGUGAUGAUGAUGAUGAAGAUGAAGAUGAAGAAACAGAGGGCAUAGAAAAUGCAAGGUAUGAAGACUUCUUUGGAGGUAAAAAGGAAAGGGGGUCAAAAAGAAAAGCUCAAGCACUUCAGGAAUCUGAUUAUUCUGAUGAAGAUGACAUGGAAUUGGACAAGCAGACGAAAGGGACUGCAUCUGCCCAUGAAAAGCAACUGGAAAAGAUUCAGUCCAAGAUAGAGCAGAUGGAGAAAGCUAACAUAGAGCAAAAAGCAUGGACUAUGCAGGGUGAGGUAACUGCUGCAAAGAGACCCAAGAAUAGUGCAUUGGAGGUUGAUCUGGACUUUGAGCACAAUGUGAGGCCUGCUCCUGUAAUCACUGAAGAAGUUACAGCUUCAAUUGAGGAUAUAAUCAAGAAAAGGAUUAUUGAGGGGCAUUUUAAUGAUGUUCAAAGGGUUCCUAAAUUGCCACCUAAAGGGCCUCGGGAAGUUAAAGAGUUGGAUGAUAAUAAAAGCAAGCAGGGUCUUGCAGAAAUUUACGAGCAAGAAUAUGUUCAGAAGACAGAUCCCACUUCUGCUCCGUUGUUAUUCAAAGAUGAACAAAAGAAUGAGGCAAGCAUGCUGUUUAAGAGACUCUGUCUGAAGCUGGAUGCCCUUUCUCAUUUUAACUUUGCUCCAAAACCUGUUAUAGAGGACAUGUCUAUUCAAGCUAAUGUGCCUGCUUUGGCAAUGGAAGAAAUUGCACCUGUGGCUGUUUCAGAUGCUGCUAUGUUGGCUCCUGAGGAGGUAUUUGAUGGCAAGGGUGAUAUUAAGGAAGAAACAGAACUUACAAAGGCAGAAAGGAAAAGAAGGAGAGCUAAUAAGAAAAGAAAAUUUAAAGCUGUGGCAGUAAAAAGGACGAAUAAGAAGGCACAAGAAGGUGCAAUUCGUAGACAAGUUAAUGGGUAAACAACAAUUCAAUAUUUUAUAUGAUUGUUCACAGAAGCUGCACAACUAACAAUAAGUUCAAGGGGAAGCCCAUGGCAAAAUGAAGUAAAAUAGAUAUAGAAGAGGAUUUUUGUUGGAGUCAACCAUGAUAAAUGAGCAAUGACAUUCAUAUGCCUGGCAGUGGCAGAUGAAAGUAACUUGAAUGCACUUUAUAGUUUGGCUGUUUUGGUUGUUCCUUGAAUUCUUGGUUAAUAUCAGAACAUGGAAAGAAGGGUCACUGUGUAUUUACUUUUCCUGCUACUUAUUGUUACAAGUUCGUUGCAGCGGUAUUUAUUUUGUGCUAUAUUUUGUAUUCUUCAAUUAUAUUUGCAGCUGAUAUGUAGUAUUGGUCUGCACCUAACUAAUGGCAGAUAGUUGAACCUUCAAUUCUCCAAACCAACGGGACAUAAGAAAAUUGUUGGAAAAUUUUGCUUUUGAUGUUUCUACUUGUAAAACUUUGAUGGUAGAUCUUGGUUCCCUUGAAUACUUGAUAUGCAAGAUACUGUUGUCUAGGGUUGGGCAUGGGUUGGUAAUGUCUGAUUCAGUUUUUUUUUGUUAGGCUUUCUUCUCCUUGGAAGUAAAUGUGCCUCUAAUUUGCUUUUGUAAAACUUCAUUUUCAUUCAAAUGAGUAGCUUUUACAUUUAA